AUGGUUUGCCAUUUGAUGGCAACCGUUGUAUUGACUCAACAAUGGAUUCUUAAGAUAAUGAGCAAUACUUACGAGCAAACCAUAGAUGAGAUGAUAAUUGAAUUAAAUGGCAUAAAAGACGGUGCAAUCGAUUCCUCCAGAGCUGACGUCCACGACCUCCUCCAAGACGGCAGUCAUUCAAGUGUCCAAUCAGUCGACGGACGCAAAGUUGUGAUCAAUUUGAACUUCAACAAAAACAGUGAAUUCAUUGAGUCUUCAGUUUGUGAUAAAAGUGGUGAUGAAAACGACGAGCCGGACAACAGCCGGCGCUCACCUGACGGCCCC